CGCUACAAAACGGAACUCUGUCGUCCCUACGAGGAAAAUGGCUCGUGCAAGUACGGAGACAAGUGCCAAUUCGCUCACGGUAAACAUGAACUCAGAUCGCUGGUUAGACAUCCAAAGUACAAGACAGAUCUAUGCAAGACGUACCAUACCACAGGACUCUGCCCGUAUGGACCGCGAUGCCACUUCAUUCACAACGACGAAGAG